AAUAAUUUUAAGUAAAAAAAUUAUUUUUAUAAUAAAUAUAAAUUUAAGGACUAAAAGAUAAAAAAAAAUACAGUCAAAGGACUAACUAUUCUCUAGAAGUUUUCCGUUAUCUUUAACAAGUAGGCGAAAUUGAAAUUGAAAUGAAUCUGAAAGUUAAUAGACCACUUAGAAAUAAAAUAUAAUUUUUAGACUAAAAAGAAAUUAAGGUGAUAGUUAAUAGACUAAAAAUUAAAUUAAGCCAAUUGUUUUUUAGUUUUUCUUUCCAAUGUUUUAUGUGCAUUUGUGUGAAUCAAGUAGCCGUAAUCAUUUUUUCUUUUCUUGUAAUAGGAUAUGAGAAGGAUAACUUGAAGGUUCAGGUGACCUCAAAAAAGAAGUUGAGGAUUAGCGGAGAACGCCGGGAUCGUGUGAAUGAACUUUAUCGUUUCUAUCAAGAAUUUCCAAUUCCAGCUGAUUGUGAUGCCGAUCAAAUCAGUGCAAACUUUAGGGAUGGAAUUCUAGACGCCAUACUUCCGAAGUUGAAUAAAUCGGUGGUGGCGCGGCAGAAGGGGAAACCAAAACUGGCACCCUCCAAAGAAGCUCCGAAGCCUGAUCUAAAGCCAACGAAUUGGAACGCAAAUCUAGCUGAACAAAAGCAGGCUUUACAGAAAGUUCCUUCCAAGAAGGAUACGGAUAAGGAAGCAACUGAACAAGUAGAGGCACAAAUGCCUCAGAAGCAUAAAGAUGUGCAACAGAAUCAAUACAAGGAUCAAGAAAAUGUUGCAGAUAAAGAAGUUCCUCCCAGGACUGCGGUAGCAAAGACGUCAAAUGAUGUUUCAAGUAAGGUAGCAGAGAAAGAGAAGGAAAUGAAUGAUGGAAAUGGAAAGACUAAUGAGAAACCUAAGGAGAAGGAGCAGGGAGGUGUAACCGGUAUGAUGGAGGAGAAAGUUAAGCAUCAGCUAGGAGUUACUCAGCAAGUCCUCGGCGUUUUAGUCACAGAGAUCAGGAACCCAAGAAAAGUAACGAAACUGGUGCUUGCCGUGUUGUUGGUUCUGGUGCUUGGCCUUUAUGCUGAAGAUGCAUUUAGGUUUCUGCUUCCAGGAUCUGAUCCUGAGUUGCAACAAACAAUUUAGCAUGCCUUAAUUUCAUGAUACGGUAUUACAACGAAAUACAUAAGAACCACAUUAAAGAUAUAUAUAUAUAUAUAUAUAUAUAUAUGUAUGUAUGUAUGUAAACCUCCAAAAUUCUUUGAUUCUGUCAAUAUCUUUGUCAGCUAUGAAUUCCU